AUGCGUUCCUUUACGAUAUUGAGUGUGAUUUUCAGCCUGGUGCUUCUGGCAUCAGUGGCAUGGUCAUCUGCCAAUAUGUAUGACGAUAUUUUGAAACGAGAUUCAUCAACAAUCACAGACACAGCGACCACGGGCUCAGACACGCAAACUGCGAGUGGUACCGACACGGCCGCCAACACAGCCUCAGACACAGCAACAACAGGCACAGGCACAGGCACAGGCACAGGCACAGGUGGAACAACAUCUACCGGCACUGACACCGGCACUGCCACUGGCACCACCAAAGGAACCAACACCAAAACCACCAGCACCACAAAAUCAACCUCCAUCUCGGUCGACCCCGAAUGGCCCGCCGGCGGCGCGUCCAUGACCAACCCAGCCUCAACUUCAACCACAUACUACAAAAUCGGGCAAAACAUCACCUUCGGCUGGAAUUUUACUUCUGUCGAAGUCACCCCCACAGCCGUCGACGUAAUCGCCUCUUGCAGCUCGAACCGCGCCACAUACACGCUCGCCAGCAACGUCACUUACUCGAACGCGACAUCUGUGAUUUGGGAAACGGAUAACUACGGGCCCGAUUCGCAGAGUCCGCUUCUUACGGCGCAUUAUACCUUGAUUAUAUAUGAGGCCGGCACAUCGCCGACAGACGUUGCGGGUGCGGGAGAGUUGGGGCCUGCGUCGUAUACGUUUGCGAUGUAUGCUACGCAAAGUUAUACGCCUUUAGCCAGCUAUGUAUGCGUAACCUGCAACUCAGCCGUGUCAACAAUGGACCGACAAGCCCUCGGCUUCAUUCUCGGCAUGGUCGCCAUUACUAUUUUCUCAUUCAAUUCAUUCACCGGUGGACUCGGACUUUUCUGA